UAUCGCACUUUUUUGGGGAGGCCCUUAACUUGCUAUAUCACACUAUUGCACUUUAUGUUUUUUUCCAUCAUUUAUUGGGUCUCAUUGAAAUGAAGAGAGAUGUGACCAAGAAGGUGGAAUGAAAAAAUUGGAUAAUUACUAAUAAAAUGUUCAUACACCCAAGAUCACAUUAGUAAGCAUUGAAUUGAAAUACAUGCAGAUGUAGAAAUAUGUUGCAUAGCAUAUUUGACUGAAUUGCUUUUAUAGAAUACAAGUCCAUUUCAAGUGCAGACGCUGUCUCUAAGCCACUUUGACAUGUUUUAUUCCCUAGAAAUGAUUAUUUCUAAGAGGUGGUUUACUUCGUGAUAUAAGAACUGCUUCAUGAUUACAGAACAGAUAUAAAAAAAUGUAAUUACAGGGUCACACUGACAAGAAAGCUCUUAAGUAAUGGAAGUUAGUCUGGGUGGUUCUUGUCUCACCGAGUGACGAGAUGAGCGGAGGCGUUCUUACUUCGGGAGGACCGGGGGAAACAUUCCUCCCAUAGUUUCGGGAAACUAUAUAUACAGGUCAGGUCUGCUCAGUGUAUAAAGGGAGAGUUGUGACUCCGAAAGAGGACAAGCGAAGAAGCACUUGUUAACUCACUCCCAGGUCUGCUGCACGAUAGAGAUUCACUUUAUUUACCCUGCAACGACAUACCUUCAACUUCUGAAGAUGCGGAAACCAAUUUUCUUUGCGAUGCUCUGCAUUUCGCUGGUGUCGGCCUGGUGCCCGAAGGACUGCCGGUGUCCCCCUGGCACCCCAAGGUGUGCAGCGGGAGUCCGCUUCGCGCUGGAUGGCUGCGGAUGCUGCAAAGUUUGCCCGCGGCAGCUCUUUGAAGACUGCAACCAGACGCUGCCAUGUGAUCGCACAAGGGGCCUGGAGUGCAACUUCGGAGGUGGAUCCAGCUCCGCUCAGGGCAUCUGUCGAGCCAAGGCAGAUGGAAGAACGUGCGAGUACGGCAACGGCAUUCACCAGAACGGGGAGAUCUUCCGUCCGAACUGCAAGCACCAGUGCACCUGCAUGGACGGCGCCGUUGGGUGUGUCUCCCUCUGCCCGCAUCAGCUCGCGCUGCCCAAACCGGGCUGCGCCGAGCCCGAGCGGGUCAAGGUACGGAGCCGGUGCUGUGAGCCACUCGCAAGGACAAGGAGCUCUGCCAAGAGGAAACGCGGAAAAGCGCCGGGGAGAGACAAGCUGUCUGAAGGCGACCUCGCCAACGGGGGCGACUUGGCUCCGGCGGGGGGAGAUGAAUCCAAUUAUAUCCUCGGAGGGGUCAAGUGUGUGUCUCGGACCACAGCUUGGUCCCCCUGCUCCAAAUCCUGUGGCACUGGAGUGUCCACCAGGGCGACCAACACCAACGGCCGGUGCCAGCUGGCGAAAGAGACUCGGGUCUGUGAGGUCCGCCCGUGCAAAAUGAACAACACCAAAUUGAAGCAGAAAGGUCGGCAAUGCAACCAGCUGGAAGAGGCGAGCCGCCCGGUUAGACUGUCCCACGCAGGCUGCCGUAGCCUGAUCAAGUUCCGGCCGAGGUAUUGUGGGUCCUGCGUGGAUGGGCGUUGCUGUGAGCCUCACCGCACCCAGACGCUACCCGUCCGCUUCCGAUGCGAGCGCGGGGCGCUCCUCGCCAGGAUGGUGAUGGUGAUUCAGUCUUGCAGAUGCGACCGAAACUGCUCCGGCUACGGACUUUAUAACGACAACAACAAAGCGUUUUGAGUGUUUCAGAAGUGUUUACUCAGUAAAAGUGCACUUUGUGGUUGCAUAAACUUGCAGGGAGAAUCCCC